GCUGCACGCACAACGGUCAAGCCCAGUGACGCUUUCUGCUGCUUUUGUCUUCUUGCGUUCGCCCUGUGUACGUCGACACCCACAACAUCUCCCCCCACCACUUCGUUAUUAUUAGUGUUUUCUCCCCCAUUCCCCUCCCCCGCAACGCACGUUCGAGAGAACGCGCGAGAGCGAGCUCAUCGGCCGGGACUUCAUCUUCUUCUUUUCUUCGCUUCCACUUUUGUCGCUGAAACCUCUCCUCCGUGCGACCUGCCUCUCUCCCUUCUCGCUUCGUUGGUGCCUGCCUCGUACCGCCUUCUCCUUCUCCGCCACAUCUCAUUUUUCUUGAUUUUCUUCUUGUCAUCAUCAUUGUUAUCUACGGUAGUGCGAUAUACGUCCGCUUCCUUUCGUCGUGGCACUGACCUUGUCCUCCUUUACGCCUCUUCCUGCCCUUGUGCUCAGUACAUACCUGCCUUCCAGCUCCUUCACAUCGUGUGAGACGGAGGAGGCCACGUCCAAAUACAUACAUACAUACGAGCAUCUCGAAAACAUGGAGGGAGGAAACCCACCUCCGCGGAACCGUCCGCAGCCGCUGGCCAACGACCCUUUUGAUGAGGACGAGAUCGCCAAGAGGGCAAACGACGAGGUCCCUCGUCAGCGCACCGCCUCUGUGGGCCACGGCUUCCAGGUGCAGGGCUCCGUUGCGGACUUCGACCCGGGCACGCUCAAGACGGGCAGCGUGUCGGGCAACUUUGCCCUGCCGAUGUCGUGGCGCAAGCUGAACUACAGCGCUGGCGAGCUGCGGAUUCUGUGCGGGCUGACAGGGACCGCGCUGCCUGGCCGCUGCCUGGCCAUUCUUGGCUCGUCCGGUGCCGGCAAGACGACGUUCCUGAACGCUAUCUGUGAUCGGCUGGCGGAGGACCGACACCUGAAACUGAGCGGCCGUCGACAGCUCGGCGAUGUGGAGUACGAGCGGCACUACCGCAAGGCGAUGGGCUUCGUGGCGCAGGACGACAUCGUCUCGUCGCUGUCGACGCCGUACGAUGCGUUGUGGUUCUCGCUGCGCACGCGUCGUGGCACUGACCGCGCGGAGACGGAGGCGCGUGUGCAGGAGGCGCUGGAGGUGCUGCGCCUGCAACACUGCCGCGACACGAAAAUCGGCAUUCCCGGUCUGGAGGCCGGUCUGUCCGGUGGCGAGCGGAAGCGCUGCAACAUCGGCAUCGAGCUGAUCGUGGACCCGAAGAUUCUGCUGCUGGAUGAGCCGACGUCCGGCUUGGACUCCGUGACGUCCGCAAAGGUCGUGCACCUGCUGCGGCAGCUGUCGCGGAUGGGCCGCACGAUCAUCUACACGAUCCACCAGCCGACUGCGGAGGUGCUGUCCUACUUCGAUGACCUGAUGCUGAUGACGCAGGGCCGCGUUGCGUACCACGGCACGAUGGCUGCCUCGCUGGGCUACUUCGAGUCCAUCGGCUUUCCGUGCCCGGAGAAGUACACGCCGACGGACUACUUCAUGGUGAUGCUGCAGGACCCCGUGACGAGCACGAUCCUGAUCAAGCGGUGGCGCAAGUACCUGAAGAACGGUCCGCGCAGCCCGCACACGGCCGCGGUGCGUCUCGCGAAGAGUCGCAGUGAGUCGAGUGCGGCCAAGUUUCUGGACGCGUACAUCAAGAAGUUUGGCAGCUCGCCUUUUGUGCAGUUCUAUGAGCUGACGCGUCGCAGCGUGAUUGAGAUCUCGCGUGAUCGGCUGUACAUCUUCUCGCUCGCCUCUCAGGCCACAUUUUUUGCCGUUGUGGUGGGCCUGGUGUUCCUUCACGUACGCGACAACGUGGAGGGCAUACAGGAUCGUGAGGGCAUGCUCUUCAUGACGGUGAUGAACCGUGCGAUGGGCUCCACCUUCAUCAUGAUCGACGCCUUCGAACGUGUUCGCGCCGUCUACACACGUGAGCAGCAGGCUGGCGCCUACUCGCCGCUCUUAUACUACGUUGGUCGCAGUCUUGCCGAGUUCCCGCUGCAGAUCUUCUUUAUCUUUGUGGAGUGCGCUAUUCUCUACUGGAUGGUGGGGCUUUACCGCAAGCCUGGCGAGUUCUUCUAUUACUUCGGCGCCAUUUCGAUGGUGUCGCAGGUAGCCAGCGGUCUCGGUUUUGCGAUAUCUUCCAGUUUCCCAUCCCUGUUGAUUGCCGCUGCGAUGGCGCCCCUUAUCCUUCUUCCUCUUGCGAUGGCGGGUGGUCUGUUUGCGAGCACGGAGCGGCUUCGCCCCUACUGGUACUGGCUGGAGAAGCCGUCCUUCAUGCGCCACGGGUACAUCCUGGUGCUUCGAAACGAGCUGAACAAUGUUCGCAACGUGGCCUGCAACAACUACAAUAAAGGUGAUGCCUAUUGCAUCAACCAGGCACGCGAUGGCAAGGUUGUGCUGCGCCUUCUCGGCUUCGACGGCGAUCCACAGUCGACGGACGUGUGGAUGUGGGUGUCGCUGGCCAUCAUGUUCUUCUUGUGCCACAUUAUCAGCGUCAUCGCUCUUUCUAGGGCCGGUCAUGCGAAGACUUAG